AUGGAUCUUGCAUCAGCCCGUGGGACCAAAAUCAGCGAUAUAGUAAUCGAUCACCGUCCCAGCACAGGCCGUGGCAAGAAGCUUACCCUUGCGCAAGAGGGCGUUCUGAAGAGACUCUAUGAACAAAAAUUGCCCUCUGUGCCAGAUGGUGAGCUGCCAGCGAAAGGCUUCUGGGUGAAUCUCGCGUCGCAGUUUCGCGAGCAGACCGGUCGUGAGUAUUCAUGGUUGUCUGUGAAACGGCGGGCUGCAGGUUGGCGUCAAAAGUCUCUAGAAAUCGACCAUCGAUUGGAUGCUAGCGAGCUCGGGGUUGAGGAUUCGGAACUUGAGCCUAGUCAUCAAAAUAUUGCUCGUGGAUCCCCCUCUCAGCAGGAUUCACGCGACAGCGAACAACCCCCGCUGCCACCAAGCAAGCACCAGAGGGAUUCGAGCACCCUGGAGUUGUCUGAACUUGAAAAAAGCCCCGGUGUUGGCUACUGGUUGCAGCGCAGUUGGUUUCCAAGCGCCACAGACCCAAGCCCAGACACCAGUAAGAGUGUCAGGUCCACUCGCAUGGCUCAGGCCCGCCCCCGAUCAAGAUCGCCCAACCAUGUAUCGCAGCCUGGGUACCGUCGCCGAUCUCCAACAACGAGCCGUACCAAAAGCAUCUCUAAACGGUUGCAUCAGCAGCUGGCCUCUUCCUCCAAUGGACUAGUCGCGUCUGGCACUCAUCCUUGGUCCGGCUCCCCAGCUCAUGAAGAUGUGCAACUCAGUCAUCUGAGUACACGAAAGCCACAUGAAUCCAACCGUAUCCACGGGUCAGUGGAGAACGAAUCGGAGAGUCACGCUCGUGAUUCAGGAAGAUCUAAGCAUGAAGAGAAUAAAGUCAGCACCGGCCUUCUUGCGUCGCCACACUUAUCUGAGCAAGAUGACUUACCACUGGCCCCAACUCGAAUCAAAAGGAGGCGUGUUGCAAAAUGA